GCUGUUGUGGGCGUGACUACAGGGGCGGAUGCGGAAGCGGCAGGCAGUACUCGGUCCCGGAAGGGGUCGGGGGUCGUCGGACCCACAUGGCGGCGGCGCGAAGGAGGCACGUGUUUGUUGGAAAAGUGCUGAAGAGGCUGUUCCCUCGUGAGCCGCGGGACCAGGACGAGCGCACACCGCUGCCGGCCGCCCCCGAAGCCCCUCUGGAGAGAGCCAGGUGCCGGCGCGUCCCCCUGGUGGCAGGUGGCGGCACUGAGGCCCCGCCCGGCAGGAGGCUCUACACCGCCGCUCCACCGCCAGAGGGCUAUGUCCCCGCCCCCACGCCGCAGGAGCCCCCGGGCGGCUCGGGUUCCGAGAGCACCUGCAGCAGCGAGGAGGGCGCCGGAGAUCAAGAUCCUCAUGAUCAACCAAAGAGGAGAAGAAGAAGGAAGCAAAAAACAAAGAGAACAUUAAAACCCAACAGCGUUCACGUGGAACAAGCAGAACUAGAGAAACAGCAGACUUUCCCACAGGAAACAUUGCAGCCAUGUCACACAGGUGACCCCACGAUGAGCAAAAAUAAGAAAAGGAAACUGAAAAAGAAACAACAACUGAGAAGGAAGAAAGCAGCCGGCUUCCUCACGAAAGCCUCCGGCAUCAGCUUCCUGUACGAGCCCAGGGAGGACAGCUGUGAGCCGAGUGACGUGGGCGAGGGGGACCUGGGGGACUCGGGGGACGCAGGGGACGCAGGGGACUCUGAGGCCGAGGAAGCCGGGGCGGACGCCCAGGAGAAGGCAGAUGGCAUCCUCGAUUUUUUGAAGUCCACACAAGAAAUGUAUCUUUAUGAUGGCGCCUCCCCUGACCCCGACCCGGCCUUCCUGGGCGCCGCCGAGGCGCUGUUUACGGGCCUGGAGGCUCGCAGCGUGUGCGCCGCCGACCUGCUGGGCCUGGAGCAGCUGAAGGCGCUGCUGCUCCUGCAGGAUCCGGGGAGGCUGCAGCGCGCCCUGCAGGCGUUCGUGGAGCACUGCGCCAUGCCGCCAGACCAGGCUGGCGUGGUCUCAGCGCUCUUCAAUUACUGGGCCACACACAUGUUCCCCGAGGGAAGCCGGGAAGGGGGCCGGGGCCCCUGGCUGCCAAGAGCUGGGGCCCCGCAGGGAGCCUCGGGCAGCCCGGGGGGCCCGGCGGGGCGCAGAGAGGAUGGCGCUGCCUGACCCGUCCUCGUGCCCCAUGCGGCCCUCGCGCCUGCGCGUUGCUCCCUCCGCCUGCGUGAGGGGACCAGGCCGUCCGAGACCCCCGGGACAGCGGGGGUAGAGUGGAGCCUGCACUUUUGAAAACUGCCUUUGUCUGGAACCACUGCUCAGGGGUUCUGUUCUUCUAAUUCCUGUGAGAAUAAAAAAUGUACAUUCUGUUACGCUGAAUAAACUGUAUAGUUUGAGGCUGGUGCAUGUUUUUAUAAAGCUUUGAACCAC